AUGCGGACAGAACAGUAUAACGGCAGCAAGAUCUCGCUCGACCACAUCGACGCACCUCACUCUGAUGUCCCUCCAGAUAUCGAGCACGAGGGCGCCGAGGGAUACAUCCUCGACGCUGGCCUUCUCACCCACGACGAGGGCCAGUCGAACCUCAAGCUCGCCAGAGACGGUCACACUGUGCUUAUCCCGCAGCCGUCCGAUGACCCCAACGACCCGCUCAACUGGUCCUGGUGGAAAAAGCAUCUCAUCCUCAUCUCCAUCUCUUUCAUUGCUUUCCUGCCCGACUUUGGCUCCGCCGCUGGCGCCGUCGUCCUCAACGCCCAGGGCGAGGAGUGGAACAUGGACCCCAACACCGUCAACCACUCGCAGUCUGGAAACGUCAUGAUGCUCGGAAUCGGUGGAUACUUUGCCAUCGUUCUCUCUGGAUACUUUGGACGUCUUCCCGUUGUUUUUUGGUUCAUGGUCUUUGCCGUCUGGACUUCAAUCUACCUCACCUUUGCGCCCACUUUCAACCACUUCAUGGCCGGUCGCGUCCUCAACGGCUUCUUCUCGACCGUCACCCAGGGAGGCGGCUUAAUGUUUAUCAAAGAUCUCUUUUUCUUCCACGAGCACGCGCGAAAGAUCAACAUCUGGUCUGGCUUCUACAUCCUCUCGCCUUAUCUCGGCCCCUUCGCCGGUGGUUUCAUCGUCAACGUCAACUCCUGGCAAUGGGUGUUUGGCAUGGUCGCCAUCGUCACCGGCCUCGCAUUCGGCCUCAUCCUCCUUGUCGGCGACGAGACGUACUACAACCGCGCAAUUCCCAUGGAAAAGCAACCCCCUCGCGGCACCCGCAUCGGCCGAUUCAUCGGCACCGCGCAGUGGCCUUCGCGUCACGAGCGCACUUCUCUCUGGCACGGCUGCAUCCGCUUCUGGCGCGUCACGACCCGCGUCCCCGUCAUCUUCAUGAUUUUCUUUUACAUGUGCACCUUCGCCUGGGUCAUCGGCAUCAACACCUCGCUCACCCUCUUCCUCACCCCUUCCCCUCCCGCAGGCUACGGCUUCUCCACCGCCGGCGUCUCGCUCUUCUACUUCACUCCGAUGAUCGGCGCCGUCCUCGGUGAGCUCUUUGGCCAUUUCUUCAACGACUUCCUCGCCAAACGCUACAUCCGCCUGCACAACGGCCACUUUGAACCCGAGGCCCGUCUCGUCGCGCUCUACGUCGGCGAGCUCUUCAUCAUCCCGGGUCUCAUCAUCGCCGGCUUUGCGCUCUACAACCUCUGGCACUGGGCCGUCCUUGCCGUUGGUUGGGGCAUGUUUGUUUUCGGCGUCAUGAUCUCCACCGUCGUCCUUGUCGCAUACCUGCUCGACUCCUACCCUGAAGCCUCGGGAGAACUCGCCGCGACAGUCAACAUGGGCCGCACCAUCGGCGGUUUCGUCAUCUCGUACUUUGAAAUCGAGUGGGCGCAAAAGUCUGGCACCGCGCUCUCCUUCGGCAUUCAGGCUGCUAUCUGCGGUACCGUCUUUUUGCUCAUCAUCACCUUGCAGCUAUACGGCCGUCAGCUAAGGCAGUGGUCUGGUCCUCUAAAUUUCCAUGAGCUCACUGGUUGA